GAGAACCCGUGCCAGCACCCGGUGUUUUUCCUGAAGGACACCUCCGCAGAGGACCUGCGCGCCGUGAUCGAGUUUGUGUACAACGGGGAGGUGAACGUGGCACAGGGCCAGCUGGCCAGCUUCAUCAAGACGGCUGAGAUGCUGCAGAUCCGGGGGCUCAGCGGCGAGGACGAGGACGGCGCCGCGGGCCCUGUGUCGGGCGGAGCGCCCGCAGCGGACCGGCGGCCGCCGCCGGCCGCGCCGCCCGAGCGGCCCCGCUCGCCGCCGGCCAAACGCCGCCGCCGCUCGGGCUCACCGCCCGAGUCUGCUGCUCCCGCCCCGGUCGGUCCGCCGCCGGUGCCGCGGUCCCAGCCGCCGCCGCCGCCGCCUCCGAGCCAGCCGGACGAGAUCACCGUGUCGGAUCACUCGCCCGUCAAUGUGAAGGUGGAGGCCGACCUGGCCAAGACGGAGGAUGACCCCAGCCUGGAGGCGGCGCUGGGCCGGGUGGUGUACGACGGUUCGGACGCCGAGCUGGCCUCCCUCACCGCCGACGACUCGCUCGGCGAGGCGGGUCCGUCGGGCGGACUGUCGGCCGAGCGCAGCAUGCAGGGCGACCCCUCACUGUCCCCCUGGACGACGUCUACCCUGGCCGGCGCCGCCUCUGCCAUCGAACCCUACAUGACGUUUGGCGGUGACAGUAUGAUGUCCGCUGCUGAGCAGAGCUUCAUGGCCGAUCAGACUCACGGCAGCGGCUCACUGGCCCUCGGCGGCGGUGGCGAUGAGUUCUCCGAGCACCCUGACUGGCAGGCGCGUCUGGAGCUGGACUGGUUCCCGCUGCUCAUACAGCAGAAGCUGCUGGAGCAGCAGCCGUUCGUCCAGCACGACUGGUCCAGCUUCAUGACCGUCAUCUUCGAGCGCUUCUUCUCGCUCGAGUGUCCCCAGCCGCGCAACCCGCGCCAGUGGUACACCAACAUGACGGCGCUCAUUGUGGAAAAGUACCCGCACCUGUUCGGCGCCAUGACGCUGCCGCAGAGACUGGCGUUCAUGCGGAACAAGUUGAUCCACAAAUUCAAGAACGGCCGUUUCAAGGUGCAGACGAGCAUGCGGCCCAAGCCGCCGGCCGCGCCGCUGCCCUGAUCAGUGAUCACGGACUGAGGGCACGGAGUCGGCGGUGCAGCAGGGGCCGCGCUGCCCUGAUCAGUGACCACGGACUGAGGGCACAGGGUCGCCGGUGGAGCGGGGGCCGCGCUGCCCCGAGUGGACGGCUCUGCGACUGGCCGGCCACAGCAAGCGGCCGCCGUCUUUAUUAUUGCUGGGCCUUGGUUGUGUUGCUCAAUGUUAAGUCAUUGUUUUGAAGCUCAGCUUUUUUAACGCGGUGUGAUUUUACCAUGAUCAUAAUAAUUACAUACAAUAAUUACAAACUAUUAAUUGUAGCAGUGAUUUUGCGAUGUUGCUUCGCCUUCCGGGCUUGUCGCUUUUUAUUCGAGUCACUUCUAGCUGUUUGAUUCGAGUUCUCUUCCUGUUUUGUUUCGCUUUUGGUUGGUUUUGUCACUAGGGUAUCAGAAAAUGUUGAAUAAUAGCUUGAUUUUUUGCAUUUUUGUUGACCUAAGGACGUCUGCUUAGAGAGCCGAGUGUUGCGGCAGCGCUGCCGUAUUAACUAGUAACUAGGUACUACAUUUAGUAGGUGUGAGCCGGGCCGUACAGUGGGUGUGAGUCGCACCGUGUAGAUUGAGUCGGACCGUGUUGAUUGAGUCGGAGCGCGAUGGGUCUGAGUCGGACCUCAGCGAGUCUGAGUCGGACCUUGUGAGCCGGACCUUUAGUGGGUCUGAGUCGGACCUUGUGAGUUGUGAGCCAGACCCUAGUGGGUGUGAGUCGGACCUUAGUGUUCAUUGCCAAUCGCUGCCGGAACUAUGUGGAGGUUGUGAAAUACAUAGAGAUUAGACAGCUUCA